UACCGUAGAAGGAAAACCGUUUUGGUACCACAAAUUGAUGUUGUUUAGUGUUCACUGGUUCGCCAACUGUCAAACCUAAAUAUUUUUUCUUCUUGACAACGUGCUUUUUAGGUUAAAGUCGUAAUUAUGCCUAAGAAUAAAAAGAAAUUCAUUGACCGUAAGAAUGCGGUCACUUUCCAUCUAGUGCACAGAAGUCAACAGGAUCCUUUGGCAGCAGACGAAUCUGCCCCGCAACAUGUUUUGAUCCCACUACACAAGAAAACGAAUAAUAAAGGCCCCACAAAGCGCAAAGAAGAGCAGGAAAAGUACGGAAUUUUUUAUGAUGAUGACUAUAAUUACUUGCAACAUUUACGAGAUGUUAAUUCGACGGCUGAAUGGGUACCUGAGCAGUCUGGCACAGAUGCAAAAGCUAUUGCAAAACCUAAAUUACAACUACCAAGUUCAGUAUUCGCAUCUACCGUUGAAGAAAAGGUUGGUCUCCUCAAUAAGGCUGCACCACAUCGAGGGCCCAGACCUGAUUUGGACCCAGACGUAGUGGCCGCUAUGGAUGAAGAUUUUGAUUAUGAUGAUCCGGAAAAUGAAUUGGAAGAUAAUUUUAUAGAACUCGCUAAUGCUGAAGUGGAUGAAGAUGUAGAAUCUGAUGUUGAUUCUGAUUUUGAUUCGGAAGCCCUAGAUGCAGUAAACUCAUUAGAGGAUCGUGAGUAUACUUUCAGAGAUGAAGAGACCAAAUCACGAUUUACUGAAUACUCAAUGAGUAGUUCUGUAAUGAGACGAAAUGAUCAGUUAACACUACUAGAUGAUAAAUUUGAGCAGUUGUAUGCGACUUACGAUGAUACCGAAAUUGGGGCUUUGGAUUUAGAUGAGAUUGAGGGACACAUACCUGAUGCUACAGACCUUUUGUUACGUUAUGCUGAUGAAUAUAGAAAAAGGAAAGAGCAGGAAAAUCUAUACAAGGAAGAUGGUAAAGUAAUUUAUAAGCCAAACGAAGAAUCCGAUCUUGAAAAUGAAGAAGAAUUAGUCAAAAUUUGUGUUCCUGAAAGGGAAAAGUGGGAUUGCGAAUCAAUAUUAAGCACAUAUUCCAAUAUUUACAAUCAUCCUAAGCUAAUUAAAGACCCUAAGCCAACAAAGAUCAAAGUGAACAUGAGAACUGGUAUUCCAGUAGACAUCCUAAACUCCAGUAAACUUACAUCAAAAGCUCUAUCCCAAUUAAAUGAAGACUAUAACAGAACUCACAAUGGACCCACGUCAGUUGCUGCCAAAUCAAUAAUUUCGACAUUAUCCACACUUUCAAUUCGUCCUCCUGAUGAAACCUUAGAAGAGAAGAGGGAAAGGAAAAGGUUAUUGAGAGAGUACAGGAAGGAGAGAAGAUGUGAAAAGAAAAUUAACAGUGAGGCAUUUAAAGACGAACAUAAGAGGCAGAUUAAGAUUACUAUUAAUAAUAGGAAUAAUGUACAGGGCAAUAAAAUAUUGUAAUGACAGA